UAAGUAAGUUAUUUCAGAGCAGCAGGUAAUGCAGAAUGACUCAGAUGUUCAGAAAUCACAAAACUUACUAAGAUGCUUCCACAAAAGGGAAUUUGUAAGUUCUACAGCUCUUGUGAGCAAACUUCCUACAGGUGGUGAAAUUAGGGCUUGUUAACAGAAAGAUGAGCUCUCUGCUCAGGCUGUGUUAUAGAAACAUGCUGUCAACAAAGUAAUGUAUGUUAUGCAGAAAUGAACGAUGUUAUCUACCUAGGAGAAGCAACCAGGAUGCUGGCAUACAUUGAAUGUAUCUCUAGGAAGAAAGUGACACUAUUUUUAGGCAGAAAGCCACAGAUACCAAGCUUUUUUUUUUUGCUUGUUUUUUUUUUGCCCCCCCCCCCCCCCUUUUUUUUUCUCCACAAAAUAAAAGCAAUCUUACACAAGAACAGCAAGCCUAGGAACCGAUAGAGGGUUUUUGAAGUUAUUCGGAAUUAUCCCUUGCAGAAAAUCAAACUACAAGCACUCUAGUGUGUUCAUAAACAGCUGAAGAGGCAUGGUGAAAGGGUAAGUGUAGCUUUGCUAGUGAUGUUACAGAUUGAGUGAUUUAGUCUCUUCAUGGACUGACUAUAUACACAAAGGGUCUUUCAGUUCCGGAUGUGCUAAGAAAGAAAACAUGAUGUCAGAGUUAAAUGUCUGCCCUGUACCUAUGGAAGGGUGAUGUUAGAUGGAAAGAGUAGUAGCUUUUACUUGUCUACCUGAAACUUUAUCAAGGCUUAUUGCUCACAGUCUUUGGCUACAGCACUAAGUGAAGGAGUGGCACCCUCUACAGUUGUACAAGUUUUGCACGUUCCUGUGUUGGUUCUGUGAAAUCCUGUUUCUGUAGUUGAUUAUCCUUUUACCUCAGGAAGGUUGCACAGCAGUCUGUUCUGAGGCUUGGAAUAUUCCUUGGCUCAUUUGGCCACAAUGUCUUGAGAUGAUGGCAGUCGCUGAAGUCAGCAAUCAGCAACGUGAAAGUCAACUGGAAGGAAGAAAAACUAGGGAGAGACUGGAGUACUGAGGAAUAAAGCUAGAAGUUUGCCUGAGGAAAAAAACAAACAAACAAACAACAACAAAAAAAACCACAACAUUUAUCACUAGUUUAAGCUAAUAUACAGCAUGGCAACUAGCGUAGCUGAGCUGGAGGCACAUGUUUUUCUUGCUGACUGCUGCAGGAAUUGUUAUCUCUGACAGGAAGGUGAGGAUGACAGCUGAGGGCAAUAACUUCUUAAAUAAGCUUUGACACACCUUGCUGUGGCAAUUUAUCUUUGCCCUUGGGUGUGACAGAGAACAGCAGAGAAGGGGUUAAAGGUUAGCUAUCUGGUGCUGCCCUAGCAGGCAGGGGUUGCUGUUUUACUGAGGAAUACUUGGUGGUUUUUCUUCCACUUCUUUUGUCCUGCAACUGGCCCGAUGUCUGGGGGUGUAUUUUCUUCAAAUCUGAGGAGAUACUUAUACUAUACGAUAGAGAAAAGUGAAGAGAAGCAGUCAAACCAUCUUCAGAGCAGGCAGGUGGUGGCUGAAAGGCUAAGGCUGACCAGGCUGGGUGUUGUGCUGCUUUAAUACAGCAACAGAGCUGUCAGGACCGGAUAUUUUAUCUCCAUGUGGUACUGCACAUCUAGAGCAAGUCCGGGUGUCUCCACAGCAUUGUGCCAUCAAAAUAAGUAUUCUGGUAACAAAACUGUCAUAUACGAGUAUUGCAGUCCUUCUAUGCUCAAGUGCAUGAUAUGUUGCAGUUGUGGAUAUGAGUGAUAUUUCUAAGCAACCAUCACUGUUCUACCACCUCGGUGUGCGUGAAAGCUUUGACAUGGCAAAUAAUGUUAUACUCUACCAUGACACAGAUGCUGACACUGCUCAGUCUCUCAAAGAUAUGGUAUCUCAGAAAAACACAGCUUCCAGUGGCAAUUACUAUUUUAUUCCGUACAUUGUCACACCAUGUGCUGACUACUUUUGCUGUGAAAGUGAUGCCCAGCGAAGAGCUUCUGAGUAUAUGCAACCCAGCUGGGACAAUAUCCUCGGGCCGCUUUGUGUCCCGCUGGUGGACAGGUUUAUCAGCCUUCUCAAGGAUGUUCAUGUUACAUCAUGUGCCUAUUAUAAAGAAACACUGCUAAAUGAUAUAAGAAAAGCUAGAGAGAAGUAUCAAGGAGAUGAACUUGCUAAGGAGCUGGCCAGAAUUAAGCUUCGAAUGGAUAAUACUGAAGUGCUGACUUCUGAUAUUGUCAUAAACCUGCUUCUUUCUUACCGAGAUAUACAGGACUAUGAUGCUAUGGUGAAGCUGGUAGAAACACUUGAAAUGCUUCCUACCUGUGAUCUGGCUGAUCAACACAACAUUAAAUUUCAUUAUGCUUUUGCAUUGAAUCGAAGAAAUAAUGCGGGUGACAGGGAGAAGGCACUGCAAGUCAUGCUUCAAGUCCUGCAGACAUGUGAUCACCCUGCUCCAGAUAUGUUUUGCUUAUGUGGGAGGAUCUACAAGGAUAUGUUUCUUGAUUCUGACUGUAAAGAUACCAAUAGUCGAGAUCAUGCCAUUGAAUGGUAUCGGAAAGGAUUUGAACUCCAGUCAACUCUGUAUUCUGGAAUUAACCUUGCAGUUUUGCUACUUGUUGCAGGACAACAAUUUGAAAGCUCGAUGGAACUGAGAAAAAUAGGUGUACGAUUAAACAGUUUACUGGGAAGAAAAGGAAGCCUAGAAAAAAUGAACAAUUACUGGGACGUGGGACAGUUCUUCAGUGUGAGCAUGCUGGCUAAUGAUGUUAGUAAAGCAGUACAAGCAGCAGAGAAACUUUUUAAGCUGAAACCUCCAGUAUGGUACUUGAAAUCAUUAGUUCAGAAUCUGAUGUUAAUUCAGCGUUUCAAGAAACUCACCAUAGAACAUUCUCCUAGACAAGAAAGAUUGACUUUCUGGCUAGAUAUAAUUUUCGAGGCAACGAAAGAAACAACUAAUGGACUGAGAUUUCCAGUUUUGGUGAUAGAACCAACUAAAGUCUACCAGCCUGCAUAUGUUUCAAUCAACAAUGAAGCGGAUGAAAGAUCUCUUUCUUUGUGGCAUGUCUCUCCCACUGAAAUGAAACAGAUUCAUGAAUGGAAUUUUACAGCUUCUUCCAUAAGGGGAAUAAGUAUUUCCAAGUUUGAUGAACGAUGUUGUUUUCUUUAUGUCCAUGACAACUCUGAUGAUUUUCAAAUCUACUUUUCUACAGAAAACCAAUGCAGUAGAUUCUGUGGGUUGGUGAAGGAAAUUUUGUCUGAUGCAGUUGGCAGUACUUUAGAACUAGAAGGGGAAAUAGAUGGAGACACAUUGGAGUAUGAAUAUGAUUAUGAUGAGAAUGGUGACAGGGUAGUUCUAGGAAAAGGUACUUAUGGAAUAGUCUAUGCUGGAAGAGACCUUAGCAAUCAAGUCCGAAUAGCCAUCAAAGAAAUACCUGAGAGAGACAGCAGAUAUUCUCAACCUCUUCAUGAAGAGAUAGCGCUGCAUAAAUAUUUAAAGCAUCGGAACAUUGUCCAGUAUCUUGGAUCUGUUUCAGAAGAUAGUUACAUUAAGAUUUUUAUGGAGCAGGUGCCAGGAGGCAGCCUCUCGGCUCUCCUGAGAUCUAAGUGGGGCCCAAUGAAAGAACCCACAAUUAAAUUUUACACCAAGCAGAUUCUGGAAGGCCUUAAGUAUCUCCAUGAGAACCAGAUUGUACACAGAGAUAUAAAGGGGGACAAUGUUCUGGUGAACACCUAUAGUGGCGUGGUAAAGAUCUCUGAUUUUGGUACUUCCAAACGACUGGCAGGAAUCAAUCCAUGCACUGAAACAUUUACAGGAACAUUGCAGUACAUGGCUCCAGAAAUCAUUGAUAAAGGACCACGAGGAUACGGUGCACCAGCUGAUAUCUGGUCACUAGGUUGUACCAUUAUUGAAAUGGCAACAGGCAAACCUCCAUUUCAUGAACUAGGGGAGCCUCAAGCAGCAAUGUUUAAAGUUGGGAUGUUUAAGAUUCAUCCUGAAAUUCCAGAAUCGCUGUCCACUGAAGCAAGGGCCUUUAUUUUGCUCUGCUUUGAACCUGAUCCUUGUAAGCGUGUUACAGCAUCUGAUUUGCUCAGAGAUUCCUUCCUGAAGCAAGUAAACAAGGGCAAGAAAAGCAGAAUUGCAUUCAAGCCUUCAGAUUACAACCGUAACACAUCCCUCCCGCUGCCCAUCCACGGAGAGCAGGCUGGCAGUAGCAGCAGCGAGCAUGGCUCCGUUUCGCCAGACUCUGAUGUACAGCACGAUAUGUUUUUUGAAAGGCCAAAGAGAUCCAUUUCAGAGAUUCACGUAAAGCAUCCCAUCUCCCAUUUACUGAGCGUGCCCGAUGAGGGCUUGGCCUUGGAGGACAGGAGCGCCUCUCCUUCCCUUGAGGAUAAGGAUUCUGGUCUGUUUCUGCUACGGAAGGACAGCGAACGCCGAGCAAUUCUGUACAAAAUCCUUAAGGAAGAACAGGAUAAAGUUGCUUCAAAUUUGCAGGACUGUAUUGCACAGAGCUCUGAAGAACUGCAACUUUCAAAAGCCCACAUCAACCAAAUUAUUGGGAUUUUAAGGGACUUCAUUCGCUCUCCUGAGCAUAGAGUGAUGGCUUCGACCAUAUCCAAGUUGAAAAUGGAUUUGGACUUUGACAGCACUUCCAUCAAUCAGAUCCAUCUGGUGCUGUUUGGGUUUCAGGAUGCGGUGAACAAAGUAUUAAGGAAUCAUUUAAUAAGGCCCCACUGGAUGUUUGCAAUGGACAACAUAAUUCGUCGUGCAGUCCAAGCAGCAGUCACUAUUCUUAUUCCAGAGCUUCGAGCUCACUUUGAGCCAGCAUCAGAAACGGAAGGUGGGGACAAAGAUGGUGACGAAGUGGAGGAGAGCUACCAGCCCACGGAACAAAAUGGGACCGAGGACCCUGCCGCCACAUCAGGAGUCAGCACCCUCAGCUCCGUGGUGUCACAUGAGGCGCAGCAGCAGCUUAGCCUGGAGUUGGGCAGACUCAAACAGGAGUCGGUCAGGCUUUUGGAAAACCUAAUUCAGAAGGAAAAAGAGUAUCAGACUCUCUUACAACAAUCCUUGGAGCAAAAAACUCAGGAAUUAUGUUUGCUUCAAUUGAAACUUAAACCCAAAGACUCUUGGUGGACUGCAUCAACUUUUAAAGAGAAUGCAGACCCUGAGCUCACGAACUGGCUGAAACAACAAGGAGCAGACUUGGAUGCAAUUAAGAGGUUUGCUGAAGAGGAUUAUACACUAAGUGCUGUCCUCAAUGAUAUCACUAAAGAUGAUUUGCGGUACCUUCAACUGCGAGGGGGUCUUCUCUGCAGAAUUUGGAAUGCCAUAUUAAUCCACCGCCAAACAUCUGAUAAGACCUCAGAGGCAGAAAGUUAGCUCCUUGGAAACAGAACGUGUAAUGGGAAUAAGCAAAUGAAAGAUACAUUCCUAAAUUAUUGUAUGUACAUUCAUGUAUAGUGGCCUUGCAGGUUUUGCACAACUAGACAGCUUGUUUGACCACCAGUGUAACACAGUGAAUAGUAACAGCUUAUGAAAAAGUGAAGCAGAAGUCAAAUGCCUGUCACUGUAAAUAUAAAGCCUUAGCUGAGACAAAACUUCUGCAAAACAUGUACCACACCUCUGAACUGGCUUUACCGUUGUGAAAACUGUGAACUUAAUGUGUUACAGCUCUGCAGGGGGAUGGUUUGAGCAGGAAGGGGUUAAGCUCUAGCACAUCACCCCUUUGUAGAUGACUCUAUAUAGCUUUUUAUAUUAAAGCUACUCUUGCUAAGAAAAGCCUGGCAUGAUGCUUUCAUUUAGUAACUUUUCUGCAGCAAAAGCACAGCUAACCUAAAUGGUUUUUUUUGGCAAGUG